ACCCAAGGCCGGCCCGGGUCAUUGCAUACAAAUAGGCUAACUGGUGCUGGCAAGCCUUGUAAAAGUUGUAGGGUCACGUAUAAAGCUAUUGGUUGUAAAUGUGGCAACGGUCAAGUAGGCCUAUAUCGUGCGAUUUAUUGAAUUAUCACGUGAUCAACGACGGUCACGCGAGCACCUUUGUAAUACAUGCAAGAUGGCCGCUAGAUUUAUCGGCUCUGUUGUGGCUCCAGUGCUCUGGCCAGGUUUGUCUCGUCGAUGUUCCCAACAUGCGACUGGUCUGGCCAGGUCUCCAGGUAGUCUACGCCCAUUGGGAAGUAACGCUCAGCCAUUGUGGCGCAUGGGUCAGUACACACCAGCAGCUUUAGGGGAGCAGCUUUCAAGGUCAUACUGUAGCACACAGUCACCCGAUGUGUACACUGCCCCGCCGCAACCAUUGGCUAGGGAGGCACCAUCCGUCGGCCAUGGCUUCAACACUCUAGCCAAUGUAAAGGUCGACUUGGAGAGAAAAGAACUCAAUGUUUCCUGGGAAGGUAGCGGUGCCAAAAGUCAAGCUUAUCCAUUCGUCUGGCUGCGGGAUAACUGUCACUGUCCACAAUGCUUCCACCCUACGGCACUUGGACGUCUACCAUCAAGCACACAUCAUCUCAACGUCGACGUUAUUGCGGACGUGGUCGAAAUCUCCGCCGAUGGGAGGAGUUUAAUCGUCCAAUGGGACGACGGCCACGAAAGUGAAUUCCUAUUUCAUUGGCUGGGAUACCAUCGCUUUGACCAAUCACUGGAUGACCAGUUGCUAUAUCCAAAGCAGAGUCUCUGGGGAUCUGACGUCAACAUCAAAAGCUUUGAUUUUGAUGAGUUGUUAGCGGAAGACCACUCCCUCUACAGCUGGCUGGCUGAGCUUGUUACUCGAGGUGUCGCUCUCGUAAAAAACGCCCCAGCGGAAGUCGGUCAGGUGUAUAAGCUGGCAGAACGGGUGGCCUACCUUCGAGCAACAACAUACGGGGCAACUUUUCAUGUAAUGAGUAAACCCGAUCCAAGCAGCGUUGGAUACACGACUGGUCCCUUCGCAAUGCACACUGACUAUGCACCAUUAUCACGAACGCCAGGGGUACUCCUGCUUCAUUGCAUACUGCCAGCGGGGGAGGGCGGUGAGAGUCUCUUAGUUGAUGGCUUCAAGGUCGCCCAGGACUUGAAGAAAAUUGACCCGGAAGCAUUUCGGCUCCUGACGACCUACGAGUUUGAUUAUUCGGAGAAGGGAACCGACUGCUUUGGCAGCUUCUAUAUGCACAGUCGGCACCCGGUUAUCAAAUUAAAUGAACUUGGUGACGUUGAGCAAAUUGUCAUCAGCAACCAAAGCCGGGACCCUAUGCUGAGAGUUCCCGUAGAUCAGAUCCAGCCGAUUUACCACGCCUUUAACAAAUACUUCAACAUGCUUCAGCUGCCGGAAAAUCUGCUACAGUACAAACUGCAGAAAGGAGACAUACUCACAAACGACAACCGUAGAGUCUUGCAUGGCCGGAAUUCCUUCCAGACGAACGCCCGGCAUCUUGAGGGAGGCUACGUGGAGUGGGAUGAAGUCAACUCGCGUCUGCGUGCAUUGACAUUGCAGUUACAGAAGAAUACUACCGACGAGUAAAACCACAACCUAAAAAUAAGCCAAUUUUGUUGUAGCUGUGUAAUUACGCCAUUUAAAGGGUAUGGGCCUAAUCAAAUGUGAAUCUGUAACACUAAUAACAAUAAUGAUAUAUGCAUAAAGCGAUAUAUAUCCAUACAAAUUGCUCAUGAGCGCAGUACAAUAAAAUGUUAGAAACUAUCCAGGAUUACAAUCAUUUAAAGCUACACAUGAACAAAUAUAUAAUAAACAAGAAAAACCGAAAAUUAAAUAAAAUAGAGAAAGACCGACCACCACAACUACAAAACACGCCCAGCCGAACAAUACUUAUACAACCAACCAGAACGGACGACCAGCAAACAAGUACCUUACAACGUAGGCCACAAACAAAGCAACAUAACGACUGACUAACCAGCCGGCCCACUCGUUCAAAGGAGUAAGUAAAAGAGUCAGUAAAGUAAAUUUAAAAUUACAAAAAUUCAAUUAAAAGCUACAUGUAUGGAUAGGGCCUACAAGAAACCAAGAGCGAUAGAAAUGUACAAAGCACGAUAAAAAUGUACACCAUAACAAUGUAAAACACAUUAAAAACUGAUUGUAUUCCUCAUUAAAAUGAUAAGUUUUAAGACGUGAUUUAUAAACAGUCAGGGGUCCCUCGGUAAUUUGUUCCAUAGAUGCGGCGCCACCUUGCAGAAAGCUCUUUCUUCAGAUGAUUUCAGUUUGACUGCCGGAACCCUGAGAAGAGUUGUGUCGGAUGAUAACCCAAAUGACGGGCAUUAGCAGAUCAAUUAGGGGCAAUGUUCUGGCAGCGGGCCUUGUAUGUGAUAUUAAUGAUUAGCUUGUACUGAAUCCUGCGAGUAACAUGCAACCAGUAGAAAGAUCGUAUAAACCUGGUAAGAGAAAACAAUUAGGGUGGUCCAAAAUGUAGGCCGAGUUAUAAGUUUGGUGUAAAGAUAACAAAAUUGUACCUGAAAUAUCAAUUCAAAAAGAUAAUGCCGUCGGUACACUAAACAAUUACUUGCAGUAAAAAAUUACAAGGUCCAAUUGAUAUGAGAUAUGGUCAAAGGUAAACGAAAAAUCAGUUUAGAAUUUUUUUUUUUAUAGAGGAUCGGGUUGUGGGAUGUGAAACAUCUUCACAAUUUUGCUCAUAUGCGAUGUAAGAUUAUUCUUUAAAAGUGAUGUUUGUUCGGAGAUAUUGGCAGAUUUGUUUUUCUUAUCUGAAUUUUAAUUGACUUUUUCCUGUUACCACCUCGGCGGAAAUGGACGGGGAGUGGUGGUGGCGGGGAGGGGGGGGGGGACCACAAUGAGGCAUUUCGCUUCCAACCUGCUCCCCAACUCUGAAACACAUUUCGAACAUCUAGACGAGUGGACAAAGGAAAAUCAAAAAGUCCACAAUUAAGCCUGCCUUCAAAACUGAUUGAAAUGAGUGUGACCAAUAAACCGAAAUGCCACAUGCACUCGUAGCUUAAUAUGUUUUCUGUUUUGCCGUUCGCGAUAACGAGGAUUAAUUCCAUUAUAGUGUACACAUUUAACCCCUGUUUAUUAUAGUACUGAUCCGCAGUCUAUACGGGGCCAUUAUUUCACAGUCAAUUUUAUUCCAAGAAUAAAACUGAGGAUGAAUAUACAGUAUAAACUGAA